GCGGCCAUGUUUGUGCUCCGGCCGCGGAAGGAAACCACUGUCGCAUAGACUCUGCUCGGCGGCUCGGAUCGAACCACACGAUCCAUUAAAUGCGACCCACCCGUGUGUAGUCCGAGUGCUAGCGGGACGAGGGGUGCACGAUGUCGGCCAACGCACAGGAUUAUGGCUUCGGCGAAUAUGACAAACCAGGUGCUGAGCGGUCACGCCGGAGGAGAGGUGAAGAUGAUGAUCUAGAGAGUGAUUUAGAAGAGGAAUUGUUGGGGGAUGAUUGGCUCUCAGGUAAAAAGAAUCCAUCAGAAGUCUCAGAUGAAGAGUUAAAUGAUGACCUCCUACAAAGUGAUGAGGAAAUGGGUGGUCAGGAGCUGAACGUCAAUGCCACAUACAACCUGGGCACCACCUAUGGCCAGCAGGGAAACUUGCAGGAAGCAGACUACACAGAUGACGUUGUGAACCUGGGUGCAGAGGGCUGUGAAGUAGGGGAGGAGGGGUACCAGGGGGAGGUGUACACCGGGGAAUAUAGCCAGGACAACAACGCUGGGAUGCCUGAAGAAGACCAGAUGGAUUACACUGGAGAGCUCGCAGAAGAUGGCUACCAGGAUGAAGUGCUAGACAUCCAAAUCAAUGAACCCUUAGAUGGGGAUUUUCAAGGUAAUGAAUAUCAAACCUCCUAUGAUGAUGAACACGGAGUCCAACAGGAGGCGGCCCCCGAGGAGGUGGGGGGAGACGAGCAGCAGGAAGAGGAGGAGGAAGAUGCUGCAGAGAGCUCGCAGGUCUUUGAUUCAGAGGAGGUUGAAAACGAAACUAUGCAUGAAGAAUCAAGGGAAGAAUCCGAUGAGGAGGAUGAGGAAGACGAAGAGUCCGGUCGCAUACGGUUCAAAUCGGAGAGGAAGGACGGCGCUGUUGUGCGGUUGGCUGAUGCCGGCAGUAACCGGAGAAAUAUCCCUGAAACACUAGAACUGUCGGAUAAAGCCAAGCGGGAUCUGAUGGAGUUUGAGGAACAAGAAAGACAGAAGAGACAAAACCGCUAUGGAGGUCGAGGUGGUAGAGGAGGAGGAGGAGGUCGAGGAAAUAGAGGAAGAGGAGGAUUCCCAAGCUUCGGCAUGGGAGACUUUAGAGGAGGACACAGAGGAAGAAUGAAUGACCAGAGAAUACCCCUCAUGGGAAACAUUGGCAUGCAGCAGCAGUCCUCCCGAAUGCCUCCUCCUCAUCAGUCUCAUCAGCAGCAACUGCACUCCCAGCAGCACCACCCUUCGCGUCCAAGAGGACCACCUCCCUUCCAAGACCACGGGCGCCCACUGUCCCAGCCGCCCCUCCAGCCCCUCAUCCCCCUGCACAUGGCUCACCGCUCCCCGCCGAUGAGGCCCCAGAUGGAGCCGCCACCACGAAUGAUGAGCUCCCCGCCACCUAACUUCCCCCAGCAUCACCAGCAGCCACCUCCUCAGUCCAAGAACAUCCACAUUAACCCCCAUUUCAGAGGGCCCACCUCAUCCUCUGUACAAGUGCCCUUGAUGCCUCCUGCUCAGAGCCAGCCCAGACCUGCUGUGGGUCCUCAGAGGUUCCCUGGACCGGGAGACUUCCAGCAGCACAUGCCUGGUAAUUUUGGUCAGCCCCAGCGGCCCCCUCAUCACAUGGAGCCCUUUAGAAACCAGGACAGGGAGCCCCUCUUUAUGACAGAGCGCACAGAGUCCACACGGUUUCCAGGGCAGCACAUGUUUGAUCACCAGGGCCCCAGCCCUCUGAUGAACAGCGGCAACAACCUCCACCACCAGCAGCAGCAGCAGAUGCCCGGACCGGGCCACAUGGGUUUUGGACCACCAGGGCCAGCCUUCAACCAGCCGGGCCAGGGCCAGCUAGGACUGUUUCCAAGAGAACCCCCUAGAAACAAUCACCCUCCCCACCAGGGUCACCAAGGGAUGGUCAGCAUGAAUCAACAAGGUGGUCCCCCGAACCAGCCCAGACCUUUCAUGGGCCCUCGUCAGCCGUUUGGCCAGCAGGGGAGCCUUUUCCCCCCGCCACCGGUUCCGUUUGGAAUGCAGGUACGAAUGAGAGGCUUGAUGCACGCUCCUCCCGUCUCCCAACUUCCACACCACGACUCGCUGCCACCCCAUCAGCCCAUGCACCACCACCAGCAGCAGCAGCAGCAGCAGCAGCAACAUCAUAGGCAGGACCUACCCCAACAUCACCAGCAGCAACAGCUAAAUCUGGGUGAACCUCGCCCCAUGAUGCACCACGGCCAGAUUCCCUUCCAUCAACAGCAGGCACACGGCAGCCCCAGGCCGAUGACUCCCCGGCCGCUGAACCCCCAACAGCGCAACAUGUCCAACAGGCAGAGGAUGAACGCACCUGGCCCCAAACAAAUGCAGCAACGCAACAGCAACCUGCGGGAGCUCCCUGUAGCACCUGGCAACACAAACAUGAACAGUGCCCGCAUCGCCUCCUCCCCCGCCGCCAACGUCAGGCCUGUUGCCAAGGCAACGCAGGGGGUGCGUCCUGGGCAGAACACUCAGCCAGUGUCUGACCGUGGCAGAGGAAGAGGCCAAGUUGCUGCCAGGGCUGAAUUCCAGCUUGGGGGGGGAGGCAGGACAGUUGUUCGCAAGGAAAUCCCGACCUCGGCACCACAGAACCCCAACGAGGACGAGGAGACGCGACAGUACCGCCUGAAGAUCGAGGAGCAGAAGCGUCUGAGAGAGGAGAUCCUGAAGAGGAAGGAGAUGCGACGGCAAAUGCAAGCCGGCGUCAGGAAGAAGGAGCUGCUGGAAAGACUUAAUUCCCAGACAAACGCUCCAUUCGAAGGAGCCCCUCCUACACUGAUUCAACCUGCACAGCAGCCUCAGCAGAUACCACACCCGGUGCAACAACGGCAACAUCCACCACCACCGCAGCUGCAACAACAGCCCGAACAGACACAGCUGCAGCAGCUACCGCCACAGCAGCAAAGACAGUUUCCUCCGAGAACUCCACAACCAUUAAAUCAGUCAUUAAAUAAAGUCAAUCCCAUCCCUCCUAAUGGCGCUGCUCAGCCCCUAACGCCACGUCCCAAUGUCAAGACCCGGCUGCAGAUGGCGAAAGGCGGCGCCCCACCGCCACAGAUACCCGGGCCUGUUCCCGACCAGCAGUGGAACCAGCCCCCCCAGAAUCAGCUGCAGCUGCAACAGCGAAGGAGCAGCGGGCCACAGAACGUCAACAGGCCUGGCGCUCAGGUCCAGAAGAACAUACCUGUAAUUCCUGUAGUGGGGUCCGGCCAGGCUCCGGAUCUGGCUCUGAGUCAAGGACCGAAACUCGGAGCCAAACGAACUGUCAUGCAGCGAGCCAGGAAUUCUAUCGACGAAGGUCAGCAGGUGCCGCAAAAAGUCAGAGUCGUCAAACUUUCAGGAGCGAGUGAAAAGGGGCCUGAGGCCACCGGCGGCCCAGCGCAGCAACAAGGCACCUGGCCGGCCACUGCUCCCACCCCGGGCGUCCAAAGGAAGGUUACCAUGGCAGGACAGCACCCACCGGGACCAGGAGGGACACCGCAGGCCGGCCGGGGGGGCAUCGGCAACCAGCAGCAGAACAGGGUCGUUGUGUCGGGCCGCGGCCGCGGUAGAGGGGCCGGUCAGACGGGUCGAGGUCGUGCGGUGCCCACCAGACAGAGCCAGAGAAUUGGACAGAGCGAACGCUGCACGGUCUCCAUCGAGGGUCUCUCCUCCUCCACUACCGACGCUCAGCUGCAGAACCUCCUCAGAUCCAUCGGGCCCAUCGAGAUGUUCAACAUGAUGCCGCACCAGAGGAAAGCCGUCGCCACAUUCUCCAGCGCCCAGCACGCAGAAAGUUUUCAAAUAAGCUUCCAUCGGCACAUGAUUGAUUUGUCCCACAUUGACGUGUCGCUGAUUGACGGAUGAGGGGGGGGAUCCUGUCUCAAGACGUCACUUUCCCGCUGACGUGGGCGCCUCUCGUGCGCGGCUCCAACUUGACACAGGAGUAUUUCUUCACCUCCCUCUCGAUCUACGCCGUCUGCGCAGAAGCAUCGCCCGUCGUUCAUCUCUCAUCCACUUGGAACAAUGAACCUAAAGACAUUUUGCCGUGAGGCCGCCUCUGAGCGACGCCGCCUAGCGACUGCCCGUUGUUGUAAAGUGGCACCGGAGAGACACUGGACAGUAAACCCUACUCUGACGUUAGUGUGUGAAGACCCUUUUUGUGCAUCCUACACGGACACUAAGUAGAACAAAUCAUGAUAAUGGUUGCGCCCCUCCUCAGUGAGAUUCACGACAGCAAAAUGCAGAACGCCACUUGCAAUUCUAAUGUGAAAAUUCCAUACCUUAUUUUAUUUGUAGCUCUGUGUUUACAUGCGGCGGCGGCGGAUGGUUGUGAUAGAUUGGGCCCGGCUUACUCACGUUGCAGUGUUUCUCUUCUCCUGUAGAUGGCAGUAUUUCAACACUAUUGGGACUUUUUUUUUUUUGGUACCCAACCGGCUUCUUUAGUAGAGAUGAGUCUCUUAGCAGCUUUGGGAUGAAUGGCGCUACCUAGUGGAGAAGUUACGUACAGGCACAGCAGAGGCCUGGGUGGAUGAUUGAACAGAGGACGUGUUGGAGCGUCAGAAGCUGAAUUAGCCCAGAAUGUAACAUUAACAAUUAUUUUCUGAAUUCCCAGCAGUCCUGGGGGUUGUGGUUGUAUAUUUUGCGGUGCGUUAAGUCUCAGUGCUGCUUGUUUAUAUUAUAUCUCUGGUUUAAGUUAGUACAUAUGGUCAUCUGGCUGUUUCUCUAUGUUAUGAGGUAUUUUAACUGUUAACACCUGGAAUGCAUCCUGGAAAAUGCAUAUUUUAGUUGUAUGUCUGGAUUUUUCGAGUUGAAGUGAGCUUUGUUAUUUGUUUCAAGUGUGCGUUGAGGGAGUGUGUUUGAAAGUAUUUUUUUUUUUUUAGGUUUUUUAUAGUGACGAGUUUAAAUAUAUUGUUGGUGAAUUGAAUAUUUGUAUUAUUUGGUCGAUCAGAGAGAAUUUCUCGCGGUUCUUUUCGAGAUAUACACACAUUUCUUUACAUUAUUUCAGCUUGGAUAUAUAUUUGUCUUUCUCCUUUCGGAAGCAACUGAUCUGAAUCUGCGUCAGGCGAUAAUUUGAUGCUUUAUCGACGAAUGAGAUAAUGAACCUGGAAUAGCACUUUGAACAAAAACACUGAACUGGUCAUGAAGAGGUUUGACACGAGAGCUCAAAAGAGAAUAGGAAGUACAUUCAACAAGAACAAGUCUACACAACACGUUGAUUGUUCUCCUCAUUAUAACAUAGAUAUUCAGUGAGGAUCCUGGGCUCAGAAGAAUAAUGAUGGUUAUCUUUUAAAGGGUCAAUUUGAUUAAAAAAGCAUGAGAGUGUAAAGUAAGAGGCAAUUUCUCAGAGCAUGUUUAGGAAGCACUAGUACAUUGCUAAAUUCUUUAAUUUCCUUAUCUACCAAGUUGCAAUCAUUUACUUUUCCCCAUAUUUUUCCUUUGUGACACAACAUCUAGUGUUUGAGAUUCGUCAAACUGGAACAGGUCCUCUUAAUAUUCAAAUAUUCUUCAUCCUCGUUUACAAAUAGCUGAAAUCCGGAAAGUGAACUCUGUACUUGAAUCGAUCGGGACGUGGCGCAGGAAGGUGAGGGGGCAACCAUUAUCUCCGUAGUGAUCAUGUACACCAGUAGAACAGAACUUGAAUUCAAUAUUUAUCCUGCUAGAAUUUUUUUUGUUUUGUUAAUUUCUUCUUCACUCAUGUUGUAACGAGUUAAAAACCUUUUUAUAUGUAAGGAUAAGCUGAUGUGUCCAGGCAUAGAUCAUUUUACAAGUGUUUUGUUUGAAUUUAGAGCCAAACAUGACUGGACCACAUUUCUGUUUAUAAGACAUUUGACUACAAGUUAAAGGGAAAACAAGAAAAAUAAAAAUAUGGCCAAUAUACCGUGAACAUGCAGGUAUGUCAAGCCGGUCAAACUUUAGCCCAAAGACGUGUGAUUGUGUGUGAUGUCCAUGUGUCUGGUGCCUUUACCAAGAAGUAUCUCUCUUAUUUGUGCCACAUUUUAAUAAUUUUCUAUUCACAGUUUCCUCUAAGAACAUAGGUUUAACCUUACAACACAUCAUAUACAUACUUUUAAAAACAAUGACCUCAUUUGGGAUCAAUGCACAAAUAUUUUUGAGGAUUAAUUAUUAUUCAUUUUUUUAAGGUUUAAGUGUUUUAAGAAAUAAUAUCGGGUAAGGAAUGCUACCUCAUGGAGAUUAAGGAUGAAUGCCACUGAAUUCUGCUUUAUCGUCACCUGCAAAUUUAACCUUGUUGUCAAACUGAUGUGCAGCUGCUGGACAUGAGAGCGACACAGGAGGAAGUUCAGAAGAGCCUGGGAAUGUAGUUUUGGGUUAUUGCCAAAGAGAAAUUGGUCGGUUCAAACGUUGACUUAAAUUUACCGUCAGUAGAUCAACUCCUGGCUGCACAUCUGGGUGACAUCACAGAUUAAAUUUUGGGAGAUUUACAAGAUGAUGGUUUACAAGUCGUUUUAUUUGCCUUCUGUCUUCCCUGCUUGUGUGAAUUAACAUUCAUACGUUAGGUGGUAUUUCCCUUAAAAAUAGUUGUUACUUGAAGUAAUUUAAAAAAGAUCUAUUCAGAUUUGAAAAUAAGCUGCACUUACUGACUCUAACCAGUGGGGGUCGCUAGAUUCUCAAAAUGCUGUGAAGCACAGAGGGUAUUCGGACUAACAGGGUCUGAGAAAUGUCGAAGCCCCUAAAGUUUCUCUUUAUGGUUUGAAAAGCUGCUGGUCGGACGGUUUUCAAGUCUCCUGUAUGUUGUGCUUUUGUUCUAAACUGCCUUCUCUAUGUUUUAAUCCUUUUUGUUUUGAGUUGAUCUGCUGUAGAAGUGUUUGUUCUCUUGCGAUGUGUUUUUUACUGUCUUUAAUGUUGUGGGGUUAUGCUUGAUCUCUUUCUAGUGUUGUGGUAAAUCCUGUGGAUUUUAAAAAAACAUAUUGGGCAAUGCCCGUCGUAGUGAUAUUUCUUAUGAGACACUGGGUCUUGUAAUGCAGAACAGAUUCAUAUUGGAUCUUAUUUGUAUCCUAACUUUUAAGGAUUUAUGACAAAUUUAUAACUUUAGUUUUAGGAUGUGACGCCCUUUCCUGUGCUCACUGAUUUUUACAGUAGGUUGUUUUAAUAUCAGGGUGUUUUUACAGUCACCUCACCUUCACUGUUACAGUAGAUUCUUCAGAUAUUUGCUUCAGAACAGCUCGUCUGUCAGAUGUGUUCGGAGCUUUUCUGUGCUUACGUAAGAAAACCUUUUAUACAGAAUGUUUAAACUGCCUCUGGGUCACAUAUGCAACAGUAAUUUACACAAAGUACAACUAACUUCACACGUUUUCUUUCUUACAGGUUGCUUUGCAGACUGAGGCAGAUUUAAUAAUCAUUUCAUUUGUUUUUCUUCAGGUCACAGUUCUGUCUACAGAGUCACAAGCAGUCAUCAGUUUAGUGGGAGUUAAGGGACCAUACCAAGGGCUUGGCAUGUUUUUUAUCAAAUCAACAAAGUAAGCUACGUAUAAUUAAUUUCACAUUUUCUUUUUUCGCUUUAUCAUUUUUCACGAUAAUGCUCCUCAAUGUAAUUUGGUCCUGGUGAAAUUAGAGUUUGUUGAUGUGCUAAAACUGGCUCCAGCUCUCAUGUACUCAUCUUUAACAGGUCAUUGAACAACACUUACUGCUUUUUGGAUAUUUUAUCUGAUGCAUGUUUAAUACAACAAGUCACCAAAACUGUUCCAGUCCUUCAGGAGACACAGGAUGUCAUCUAUCCUUUUAUCGAUAUUUUUAAAACAAAGACAUAACACAUUUAGACAAUUAUAAUAUUUUUUGCACCAGUAACUUUUGGAAUAAUGUGUCUCUAAUGACCUUUAGUGGGGUUUUUCUUUCCCAUCAAUCUAAAGUAUUGAUUACAUGAGAGCUACAGACAUGUUGAGCAGCAGCAUGUCAAACCGCUGGUAUGGUCCAACACGUGAGGUGCUGCACUUUGAGGUUGAAGCUGCACAAUAUUUGUUUGAUGAAAACUUGUCGGCUUCAUCCGAACACAAUGACCUCUCGGAUUAACACGUUAAUUUUUUCAGCAGCGUAUCGGCGGGAGGAGACAAUCACCAGCUCUCUCCAUGAAUCUGCUUUGUCACUUUUCCUGCUUUCCCUCCCUCACUUCACGCUCUGGAUUCUUUCUCAGCGACGCGGCCCCCCGGCUUCGGGGGUGAAGACUUUACUCAGACUUCCUUCCCUAACCAAAUACACGUUGCUACAGUCCGAGUAUUGGGGGGGCCUCACCCUCAUUUCCUCCCAUUACUGCUUCUCCUGUCAUCGCUCUUCUUCCAGCUUGCAUAUUGAUUUGUUUUUUCACAGUUGCUCAUCUUUUUCCCCCCCGAUGCUGCCGUUGUUCAAUGAUCUUAAGACUCCUGUAUCAAGCAGGGGGCUUGGGGUGGGGGCCCACCUGGAUUACCAGUGUUUUGUCAGCCCAGUGGCUGGAGGUUUCCAUCUCUGUGACGACUGCCGGGUUCACAGAGCAGAGCCUGUAACUCUUUCACUGCACCACGGGUCAUCCCAGCUUCUUGACUUUCAUUGUUUGGUGGGAUUUUUGGAAAAAAAAACAAAAAGAGACACUGCAGUGGUUUCCUGGUCUUGUACAAUAUGAUGCACCGAGUGAUGACUCCAGCCUUUUGAGAUGUGACUGAAACUGUUGACCAAAGCACCGUGUUGUGUGUUUCCACCCGUCGCACUGAUGUCAUGUCAUGUGAAGUCACCGUGUUUGUGUUGGAAUAUUCUGAAGUCACUGUGAAAUCUCUCCUGAUACUGUAAACUGUUUUUGUAAAGAAGAAACAUGAUUUUUUUUGCAAAGAAAUUCGAUAUUUUUUAAAAAGAUGAAAUGUGAUAAACUUGAAUCCAGAAACUGAAAGAAAAUAAACCUUUUUCACACUA